UUUUUUUUAGGUAUCAUGGGGACGUACCAUUAAUUGAUCAUCUGGAAAAAGUAGUAGUGCUCGAUAUUUAUUAUUGAAUAAAAUUGAUUUUUAUAAUGAUAUCCCUAGUAACUAAAUUACGACUUGUAAACACGAAUAUUCUGUCUAAAAAUGUGAACUGCUUCUUUCGCCAUACGAGAUUAAAGCACUCCCAGAGCAAUAUAUCGGUUGGAAAGAAGAAGCGUGGUUCUUUUGUAAAAACAGACAAUAUACCGGCCGAAUAUGAACUUAUUUAUCGUGCUCCAAUGGGAACAUAUAUUUCCAUUGCUAAGAACAUAUCUACAAUGACGGCAAUUAUAAUAUGCACUGGUGCAGCUUAUACAGCUACUAAUGAAUAUAAGCUACCGAAGCAGCGUUUUGAGUAUAUCGGUUUGGUAUCGCAGCCGGAUGACUUUUGGUACUUCGCAGUCGGUUUUAUUGCAAUAACGAUGAUAAUAAGGAUAUUUGUCUCGAAGUACCCUCUCCGCAUUUAUCAUUCGAACGGAAGAUAUAUUGCUGUAUACGACUCUCAAUUACCUUACCUAUCGUCUAAACAUGUGUUUUCCAAAGGUGAGGUAAAAGAAGUAAUAAGCAGAUUUAAUCCUUGGAACAACGCAACGUACCGUUUAGGCAAUAGAACGUCCUUAUUAUUAAGCCAAUAUUUUAGAACACCUGCGGACUACAACCACAUGUUGGGUUACAAUUAAUACCGAAUUGUGAACAAUGUUACAAAAAAAGGUGGAAAUUAAUAGCCAAAUUUUACACCCGAUCAUUACAUAAGUGUUCUGAAAAUUUAGUUUGUCAAACGCAUGUUAAAUGAAUGAUAAUGAAAUCCAAUGUAAGGAAAAUUUAGAACAAUCUUUAUUCAUACACGUAUUGCAAUCCAAAGUUCAUCUUUCAUACUGCGAAAUUUCUUUAAAUGCUGUCAAUAAAAGAAGAAUGCAAACCUUAGAAUCAAAUUAAGGGAGCAUUGAAGAAAUCAAUAA